AAGUAGCGUACAUUCUAAUUAGGGCCGCAAGGGCACGGGUUGGGGUUUGAGGGGUUUUAGGGUUUCCAUCGCGUGCCGGGUGCCAUGGAUGGCUCCGGUCUUCUUUUGCAAAACGACAAGCAAAUGCGAGUGCGACCUGAAGUUGAACGACAGCAUGCUGUCGGUCCCCGGCGCCGACGAGAAGUUCUAUCGCUUCGCGGUGUAUCUUCAUGCCGGAUACACCGAACCGGAGUGCGCGAGUCGCAUGCUGGUGCUAAAUCUGCGGUGCUGAGACGGCCGAACUUCAUCUUCAGUAGUAGCGCAGAAAUCGAAAUUCCCGCGCUGCGAGGCUUCCUGAUGACAUUGGUUGCCCUGUCUCGGGAGUCUGAAUCUCCCGGGUCGUGCCACGAAAGUUAACGAUAAAAGCAGCGGCGCGACGCUCUUAGUCACCAAAGAGGUGCUGGCGAUCAAGAUGCGGGAGUGGGACCUUCUGUUCCACCGAAAUAGCGCGCGACUACGACGCUCGAGAAUAAACGCGGAGACGGCUGAAGUCCCGGCAGGACAAGGUGACACGAGCAGUUUUGAACAACUCCACUUGGUACAGCGACGCCGUGGGAACAAAUCUUCCUGGAAGAGCUGCAGUGCGAGAUAAACAUCUGAUCUCGGAACCAACAAAAAGUACUGGCAGCGCAACGCAAGAUCACCUCGGAAUAAGUCCCGGCAGGGCAUUGCGAGAGUACCUCGAUACAACCAGUCCUGGCAGGUCGACGCAGUUGGGGCGAUUGCUGGCAGAAGGGCGACGCGAGAUGCAAAAUAUCUCGGAGCAAGUGCUGGCAGCGCAAGCUCAGCGCGAGAGUGCCUCGGCAUAAUGCUCGGCGCGGAAUCGCGAUAAUAACACGGCGAUGCAGUUACAACUCCUGGCAGGGGUACGCAGUCGGGACGAUUGCCGGCAGGGCAUUGCGACAUAACAAUAUCUCGGAGUAUUUGCUGGCAGCAAAACCAAAACGCGAGAACACCUCGAAGCUCGUCCUUGCAGGGCGCUGCAGUCGGAUGAACCAUUGCCGGCAGGGCAUCGCGAGCGAAAUAUCUCGCAAAAUAAUGUGCUGGCAGCACAACGCGAGAGUGCCUCGGAAUAAGUCCCGGCAGGGCAUCUUGAGAGUACCUCGGGACAAGUCCUGGCAGGGCAACGCAGCCGGAUGA